GUACCACAUGGUAGGAGACACCACAAGGAGUUGCCAGGCCAAUGGAGAGUGGACCGGAACUGAACCGGUUUGUGAAGCGGUCACAUGUGGGCUUCCUCCAUCUAUUCCCAGUGGUCAGGUGCAGUUCAAGUCUGGACAAGAGCUGCAGUAUGUUUGCAGCCCUGGCUUUACCCUGCGCAGAGACAGCACUACUACAUCAUCUGACAGAGUCCGCUGCUUGGGAAAUGGAUCCUGGUCUAAAGAGCCACAGUGUGUAGCGGUGACGUGCAACAUCCCAAAUAUUCCUCACGCCAGACGCGUGGAAGGCGGGUAUGGGCCGUAUGGCUACAAGGCUGUUGUCAGAUAUGAAUGUAACGAGGGCUUCAAGAUGGUCUCUGGCACAAGCCAAAUGGUCUGUCUGGAGAAUGGAUGGUCCUCUAUGCCCAAAUGUGAAGCGGUGAGCUGCUUCACCCCAAACAUCACCAAUGCCAGACGUGUAGAGGGAGGGAGCGGGCCGUAUUAUGGCUACAAGACUACUGUCAGGUACGAGUGCAACGAGGGCUUCAAGAUGGUCUCUGGUUCAAGCAAAAUGGUCUGUCUGGAGAAUGGAUGGUCCUCCACUCUUAAAUGUGAAGCUGACUGCACCACUCCUCUUGGCCUGGAGUCCAGGCGUAUCCCUGACGAGAAGAUGACAGCCUCCAGCGUUCUCAGUAAAUCACUGCUAGGCCGCACCUGGGAGCCCCACUAUGCCCGUCUGGACAACUGGGGCAGGAUCAAUGCCUGGUCUCCAGCCACCAAUGACCGCUUACAGUGGCUUCAGGUGGACCUGGAUAAGUCGAAGCGUGUGACAGGAAUCAUCACUCAGGGUGCAAAGGAUUAUGGGACUGUACAAUACGUCUCUGCCUUCAAAAUAGCGUACAGUAACUAUGGAUCCUCCUGGACUGUGCUAAAGGAUCCAACCACCAACUUAGACAAGAUAUUCCAAGGCAAUUCUGACAACGACGGGUACCAGACGAACUUCUUUGAGCCUCCGUUCUACGCCCGCUACGUGCGCUUCCUCCCCUGGGAGUGGCACGAGCGCAUCACCCUCCGCAUGGAGCUGCUAGGCUGUGACAAUAAUGGUGGGUGCACUACACCUCUCGGCCUGGAGUCUGAGCGUAUCCCUGACGGGAAGAUGACAGCCUCCAGUACUCUCAGCAAGGGAAUACUAGGUCGGACAUGGGAACCCCACUACGCCCGUCUGGACCACUGGGGUAGGAUCAAUGCCUGGUCUCCAGCCACCAAUGACCGCUUACAGUGGCUUCAGGUGGACCUGGAUAAACCAAAGCGCUUCACAGGCAUCAUCACUCAGGGAGCAAAGGAUUAUGGGGUAGUCCAAUACGUCUCUGCCUUCAAAAUAGCGUACAGUAAUGAUGGCUCUUCUUGGACUGUGCUGAAGGAUACAACCACCAACUCAGACAAGGUAUUCCAGGGAAACACUGACAAUGACACCCACAAGCAGAACCUGUUCAGUCCUCCGUUCUACGCCCGCUACGUGCGCUUCCUCCCCUGGGAGUGGCACGAUCGCAUCACCCUCCGCAUGGAGCUGCUAGGCUGUGACCAGUAGAGGCAUUGAUACCCCUACUCACCCACUGGGUUGAUACAAACUAACGCACAAACCACCCACACAUACACACCAUAUAUCCCUUUCACUGCCAGUUUUACAGUUUCAUAAUGUGUAUUUAAAUCACAGGAUUUUAUUUUUAGUUAAUUUUAGCUUUUUUAAUGCCUCAAAUGUUUUGUUUGCAUUGCAUUCUUUGGAUUUACAUUGCAACCUCGUGCUGUUUGGCUGUGUGGUCUGAUCAACUGGGUUGUGGUCAUCGGGAUAUUUUAAGCAAUCAUGGUCAAACAAAGGCAUGAGUAAACUGUUGACAUUUUUGUGUGUUUUUAGCCACCAAAUUAUUCAUUAACAUGCCUGCCAGUGUGACAAAGGUGAAGUAUUUAGAAACAUUGAGUAUUACUCAAUGUAUUUUGAAUAAUUUCAGUGUAAUUUUUCCAAGAUGUCAAGCAUUCAGUAUGUGAAAAAGUUUGAGAGGAAAAGAAUAAACCUUUUAAUAAAUUGC